AUGGCUGUCAAUUUAUUCCUGGCUAAACUGAGAAAUAGGCUCACAGUAGAAACUCAGUCGAAACUGAUGAGGGUAAAACUGUGCAAUUUAGAGAGAGGUGACAUUGUAGAGAGGGCUCUGGGUGUAUGGAGAAAAUCCAAAAACCAUGGCACGUGUACGUUUCCUGGGACGCUGGAUGGUCUUUGGACGAGUAGCCACAAUGGAGACUUGACCUUUAAUUCCACCCACGUGGAAUAUCCCGUGGAGGCCACAGGGGGAAACCUCCUUUUCGAAUGUUAUGAGUUAACAGGGACUAAAUAUCUUCUGAGGUCGGAGACUUUCCCAUUGUUCAGCAGCUUUGCAGUGGCUGUACUGUGUGUGGAGUUAACCGAAUUAAAAACCAGUCUCUAUCAAAUGAACAUCUACACAAGUAAACUUGCUGAUGCUAAUUACCAGAGGGUAAAGUAUGUUACCACUUCAACAACCGUGACGGAUUCAGUGGCUUGUGACAACUCAGCAAAUACAGAAUUUCAUCUCCUCGUUAAAAACGGAUCCUUGUCUGACGUAGCUAUACAAUGUCCGGAUAUUCUCCUUGGAACAUUUGUGUAUACCUUCAACGAGACUUCAUGUGUGAACGACACAGGCUCUCUAAAUACCUGUGGUACUACCAGUCUAGAUACUCUUUCCUUUAAUUACACCGCUUGUUCAACAGAACAGGCCUAUUCAGCGGAUGGUAAUGUGCAAUGCAUAUACACCUCGACUGUUGGGUCUGCCGAAAGAGUGCAUGUCUAUAAUCUGGACACGACCACAGAUGAAUCCACCUACUACAGAUUUACGUGUUAUAUGUUGGAGCAAUCUGGAGACCGAGUGAUUGGAACACAGCACCCCCAGGACUGCCUCAGUACCCAGACCACGACGUCAGUCGACUCCCCAGGGGCAACAAUCAACAUGACAGCUUCCGUCACUUGCGUUCCAUCAACGACAACAUCGACGGUUGCCACGGCCGCUAUAGUGGCUGGAGUUCUGGCCGCUUUAGUGGUCCUUACAAUAGCGGGACUCCUCAUCGGCUACUUCUGCUGGAGGGCCAAAUGUAAGAAAGAAAAAGUAGAACCGAGGAAAGGACUUCCACCAACCAGCACAGGUAUGCCGACAUUUCUUUCCCAUCACAUGGACAGCGGAAAACCCCAGGGAUUCAAUUCAAUGAAGCGCGAACCCUCCAAUAGCACUUUGCUUUCAGACAGUCGUACAAAUUUGAUUCUUACCCCAAGUACAUUGCACCCUAACUACAUUAAUAAGCACGAUGCUGUGGAAAUUCCCGUACCUUUGGAUGCUAAGAAGAGCAUCUUGCCUCCAUUGAAUGAUCUUAACGGAAGUCAGCUGAGCUUAUUGCGCAAUGAGGAGUCGAUGUUGAAUAGCACUAGAAAACAUGCGUCAAAAGGAAAUACCAAAAAGAAAAAGAAGGGCGCUAAAACAAAACGAUGAUAUUUCGAUACCUGAUCAUGAAAAUGAAAAUCCAUAUAACUUUAAUUGAUAAAUAAUGGAUUAUGUCCGAGAUGUGUUUCGUAUAUUUUCUCAUAUUUCCCUGCGCAUGAGACUGCGCAGAAUUUCGUUGCUUAUCAUUUUGUUUUAUUAUGUUGUUUGUCUUGUUGCCUGAUCCAUGCAUUUGUUAUAGUGCGGACUACUUUCACACUUGGCCUCACAAUUAGAAGCUAUAGACUUCAUACGUAAUUUUUUAAAAAAUUAUCAUAAAAUUUUUAAAUUAAAAAAAUGUAAAAAUUUGAAAGGUUAUUUAAAUUGUUUCCUAUUCAUUUUGCUUAUUUAUUUUUCAAUGUAUGUUUGUAUUAAAUUUCAUCUUAUGAUUAACGUAAAUUAAGACAUAAGUAAGUCUGAUGCUGCUUCGAGUUUCUGGAACCAGAACUAUUUUUUUAAGUUAGUGCUGUUAUGGAUAAUUUUAAGCAUGUAUUUGUAGUGUAAAGUGCUUUAUUAGCUUUUAAGUGCUACUUUGUGAAUUUGUUUAAUGUGCGUCUACAUUUAAUCUCUAAACCUUGCCAACUGAUAAUAUGUGAUAUCGUUUGUUUUAUAAAU